UCUUCUCCUCCCCCUCCUCUCUUCUUCCAUUUUUUUUUAAAAAAUAUUCCUUUUAACUUUUUGCACCUUUCGGAUUGCGUUCUUCUUUCAUGGGUGGCAACUAGGAUUACUUUUUCUUUUUUUUUGCCUUGACCUCCUUUCCCACGGCAUGCGAGUUUUUCCUCCGGAUCUGUAACAACCCAGGAACCACUUCAGGGCCGCAUUUCAGAUACAAAGGCAAUCUUUCUGAGGACUUGCUCCUACGGGUGCUUGAAAACUUCCUUUGUAACAGCCCAGAAGUUGUAAGCCAAACAUUUUGAGUUCCUUUCCAUCCAAGUUGCUGGCUUGUGUUGACAGAAGUCCCGAUCAUCAUCACCACUACCGCUGCUUCUUUUUUGACUGAGUGAACUGUGGUUUGAAGGAUAUAAAAUGUAUCAGAGUUUGGCCCUUGCUCCAAAUCCUGGCCAGUCAGCCUACUCCCAUGAUUCCAGCAAUUUCCUGCACACCCCAACAAGCCCGGCCGUUUACGUCCCCACCAGCCGAGUUUCCUCUAUGCUCCAGGGCCUGCCCUACCACCUGCAAAGCUGCGAUCCCACCCACCAAGGGCAUCCUCUGGGCGGCCACCCCGGGUGGGGCCAACCCACCACCGCUGAGGCUACCCACUUCAACGCCGGCAGCCCUCACCCGCCUUCCAGUUUUGCUUACACCCACAGCCCUCCUGGGGGUAGCACGGCCGGUCGAGAUGGGGGCUACCAAAGUCCACUGUUGCUGAGUGCCGGAGGAGGCCGUGACCAGUAUGGGAACACUCUGAUGCGUACGGUCAAUGGAUCCUACUCCAGCCCGUAUCCCGGGGCUUAUGUGAACCCAGCGGAGAUGACGCCAUCUUGGCCUGCCAACCAUUUUGAGAGCAGUGUCUUCCAUGGUCUCCAGGCGCGACAAGGAGCCUUACCGGGCCGGAGAUCAUAUGAGUUCGUGGAGGAAUUCCCUGGAGACGGCCGCGAGUGUGUGAACUGCGGGGCCAUGUCCACCCCCUUAUGGAGGAAAGAUGGCACAGGGCAUUAUCUUUGCAAUGCCUGUGGCCUCUAUCACAAAAUGAACGGGAUCAACAGACCUCUCAUCAAGCCACAGAAACGACUGUCUUCAACCCGUCGAGCUGGUCUUUGCUGCACUAACUGUCACACAACCAACACAACCCUUUGGAGACGGAACGCAGAAGGCGAGCCGGUGUGCAACGCAUGUGGCUUAUACAUGAAACUCCACGGGGUGCCAAGACCUCUGGCAAUGAAAAAGGAAAGCAUCCAGACCAGAAAACGGAAACCUAAAAAUGUCAAUAAAAGCAAAUCCUCAGCAAACAGUUCCACAACUUCCACCACCAACUCUCCUUCCUCACUUACAAACUCAGAGAGCACCGUCACUUUAAAAACCGAACCAGCCAUCACACCACAAUAUCCGGGACAAGCAAUAGUGUCAACUUCCCAGAGCCCGGGACAUUCUGAAAACGGGCUGGAUGAGCCUCAUCCCCAGUUCAAGUAUGAGCCAGAAGACUAUACCUUCCCAUCUUCUAUGUCUCAACCAUCAGGUCUAAGCGUUGGCCCCCGUCAAGACUCAUGGUACCCCUUGGCCCUAGCCUAAGCAGCCAGCCUUCCGUUCCAAAAACAAGAAGGAAUCCAUCCUAUCAGGAUAUGACUGGACCAGCAGACAAGAUUUCCGGACUGUAAUCCUUUGGAUCUGCCAGGUUUCUAUUCCUUGGGAGAUACCUUCCUUCCUUCCUUCCUUCUCUACGAAGGCCACCCCCCUGCCGUCUUUUGCCGCUGACUCCUUUUUUUUUUUGUGGCCCUUUGAAUCUCUUGAAAAGUUGAUAUUCUUUCACCAAUCAAAAAUAAAACAGAAAAGGGAUUUGGGAGUUCAGGCACAAGUCUCUCUUUCUUUCUCCCGAGAUCCAUCCGAAAGCGAUAACAAUCGGUGUUGUCUUCACGGUGAUUCUUCUCUUUCCUUCCCCUCUUCUUCUUCUUCUUCUUCUUCUUUUUUUAAAUGACUCCCUUGUGUGCAAUUUUAUUCUUA